AUGUCACAAGACGAGAGGAGCAUACGGGGGUGCAGGCUGACGAGAGACAUUAGGAAAACGCAAAUAGCCCUCGACUAUGCCUAUCGCCGAUGCUAUGAGGACCCGGAUUGCUCCGUGUUUUGGGUACACGCCGACAAUGGGGCCUCGUUUACCGAGGACUACAGGUCCAUUGCAAGGAAGCUGGGACUCCCGGAGAGCCUCUCAGGAAAGGAUCUGCUGAUGGGAGUUCGCGCGGGGAUUGAGGCAAAUCGGCAUUGGCUUCUGGUCAUCGACAACGCCGACAAUCUGCAACUGUUCGGGGUACGAAACGCCCUACGAACCGGGAGCCAAGAUCAGACGGUGGACACAACGCUUAACCUGUCCGAGUUCGUCCCGCGAGGCCCCGUGGGGACGGUGCUGUGGAUAAGCCGAGACAAGGGGAUCGAGAGCAUUGUCGGUGUGCAGCGGGCCAUCGAGGUCGCCCACAUGGCCGAGGACGAGGGCAUGGAACUGCUCAAAGCAGCCGGGGGCCUCGGCGACAACAUGUUGGAGGGCGCGGCAGAGUUACUUGCCGAGCUCGACUGCCACCCACUUGCUUUGUCCCAGGCAGCGGCAUUCAUGCGGAGGAUGUUCAUGACGAUAAAGGAGUACUUGUCACGGCUGGCGAGCCGCGAGAAGAGAUGGAGCGUGCUGCAAAACUCUGCGUAUGACCCCUACCGAAGGCAGGGGCUAACAAACAAUCCCCUGAAAACGUGGGAUAUCUCGGUGGCACAGCUCCGGCAGGAAAACGAGGUCGCAUUCGAUAUGCUGCACAUCCUGGCCUUCCUGGAUAACCAGGAUAUUCUGUUUGAGAUACUUUACCAGGCGGCGACUCUUCGCAGUCGUUGGAUUACGAAUGACCGCAAAAACAACAAAGAUGACAACAAAAACGAAGAUGCGAACGGGGAUGACGGUGAGCAUGAGAGUGAGAGGAGCAAUGAGGAUGACAGUAAGGGUGAAACAGAGGAGGAAGCCCUCCUAGCCAUUGCCCGGCUGCAAGAACUGUCCUUCCUGCAUGCCUGCGCAGCCGAGAGCAAGGGCCGGACGUAUAAAAUGAACAAGCUUGUACAAGAAGUCAUCCUAUACACCUUAACCAACGAAGACCGGCGAAAGGACCAAGUGCGGUAUUUGAGGCUGGCGCUCCAGAUCCUCGGGGAUCUAUUCCCGAAUCAUGGACUAGAACACUGGGCGGGUUGGGUGUCGCUCGCCGCGACGUACCGCGGACAGGGGAGGUACCAGGAGGCAGGAAAGAUCAACUCUCAAGCCCUGGCGUUGCAACGUGAUAUUCUUGGGGAGAGGCAUCCUGAUACCAUGCAGAGUAUGUCGAGCCUCGCUGUGAUAUACUAUGAACAGGGGAGGCGCGAUAAGGCAGAGGAGCUCGGAGUCAAAACCCUCGCAUUACAGCGUGAAAUUCUUGGUGAGAGACACCCCGAUACCAUCCAGAGUAUGGCGAUCCUGGCCGGGAUAUGCCACAAACGGAGGAAUUACGACGAAGUAGAGGAGAUGAGACUCGGGGCCCUUGCGUUACAGCGUGAUAUUCUUGGUGAAAGGCACCCUGAUACCAUCCGGAGUAUGAUGAACCUCGGGAUAGCAUACCGCGAACGGGGGAGGUAUAAGGAGGCAGAGGAGCUAGGAGCCAAAGUCCUCGCAUUACAGCGUGAUAUCCUUGGCGAGAGGCACCCGGAGACCAUCAAGGGUAUGGUAAAUCUUGGGGUGGCAUACCGUGAACGGGGGAGGUAUGAAGAGGCAGAGAAAUUGGGAGUCAGGGCACUCGCACUACACCGCGAGGUUCUUGGUGAGAGGCAUCAGAUGACCAUCUGGGUCAUGGUACAUUUGGCCUUAAUCCGGUUUCGGCAGCAGCGUACUUCUGAGGCCGUGGCUAUGAUGGAGGACUGUUCCGCCCUGUUUCACGAGAUGUUGGGGGCAGACCAUGACUUCACGCGAACUUGUGUCAAGUUUUUGGAGAGUUGUGGUAGAGAAGAGAAGAAGGAUGGUAACGCUGUCAAAGGGUAG